AUGAGUUUCAAAUUCGGAUCAUCCGCUGGAGGAACAGGAUCCAACUCUGGCGGUGGUGGCGGUCUUUAUGCUGGAAUCGCUCUAGGUGGUAAAAAGAACCCUGAAGAACCUACACCCACUUCACUCGAUCCUCGACCUGAAGCAUCAAAUGCAGACAAAACAAAAUCCGAUAUCAAUCAAGAAGUAGUGGAAGCCACCAGAGAGGGAACUUCUGCCGAACCUGAAAAGUCAAAAGGCCCUCCUCUUCCCUUGCUCGAUAUUGUGGCAAUCCAAACUUUAGCCUCCUCGUGGUCCUCCUCACUUCGUUUCGCACCUGUGAUCCGCAAGCCGGCCGUCAAAUCUUCGACCUCUAAACCUUUUGCUGUUCCUUUUGCCAACCUCACGGGUUCGAAAUCAACGAGCACCGCUUCUGCUUUUGCACCUGACGAAGAUGAAGAACCAGCUACAUCUAAUCCCAACCCUCGUACAAUGCAUAUUCCAGGAAGAGCAAAGGUAGCCUUAACAGCUGCGCCAGUGAAUGCCGGUCCUUCUAAAGCUCCUAGUGUCUUUGCUCGUAAAGGUGGAUUCUUAGCGGCUCAUGCUCCAGAAAGGAUUCCGGGUGGACCUUCUUUCAAUCCAACCAAUCCCGCCUCAACAGCUCCUUCACUCAAAGAUAAGGUUGAUUCUGGUAUUCCUGGACUUCAACAUAGUCUUCCGGCAAUCUUGGCUCAGACCACUACAUUAAAAGGCUUAGUUCCUACUCUUCCUGGAUCAGCACCUAAAUUCCUUAAGAGAAAGUUGGACCAACCACCCCCCUUAACGUUACCGGAUGAAGAACUAGGUGGUGGUGGUGGUGGGGGAGACGUCAAUGGGUUUGGUCAAUCUGAAAUUGGUCGUAAGAUGGCACUCAGAGCGGCUCGCAUGUCAAAAAAGAAUAAGAAAAAAGGCAAAGCUCGUGAAGUCGAUCCUGCCAUUCUUUUCCUAGAAGAUUAUGAUCCUGCUCGACCCAAUGACUACACUGAGUGGAUGAACUUUACUAAACGUCGAAGAGAGCAAAGGAGAGAGGCCCUUCGCCUCGAACGUGAACAUCAACGUCGUAAAGAGCGUGAAGAGCUGACUGAAAGCUCAGUUUAUAGUUCUGAUGAUGACGCAAGCGUUAGCGAUGAUGCUCCGGCCCCAGCUAAGGGAAAAUUCUUUGCUCCGCCAUCCGACUACAAUGCCCCUCGACCCGAUGAUCCUGACGUAGCAUCGACUGCUGGCUCAAGUAUGGUUGAACCUCGUCGCCAGACAGGGGAUGACGCAUAUGCUCGUCGAGUUGCUCUAUCGCAGGGCGUACCUUAUAGCCAGCCUUUACCAUCAUCUAAUACUGCAGAUGUCUCCGUAUCUGGCACUGCACCUCCUUCAGACUCUGUACCCACCGGAUUUCCGUCCGUUUCUAUUGCAGAAGCGCAGGCACGAGCUAAAAGUAUUGCCGAACGUCUUCAGCACCUUCGGGAAGAGGGUGAACAGGAUCCUGCUGCCGCACCGACCGCAGGACCGGUUGUACCACCCCCCUUGAGACCGACAGCGACAUUGGAAGAGGCGCAAGCCAAGGCUCGUUUGAUUGCGGCAAAAUUAGCGGCCUUGAGUGGUGGUGGUGGUCCGAUUGCUACAACUGAAAUGGCGGCUGCUGCUCCUCAGCCGUCUGGGUCGAACGCAGAAGGCUCACAAGCUCCUAAUGAGUCUGGUAACAAAGCACCUGGCCAGCCAGACUUUGCGCGCCGGUUGAUGGACAAGUAUGGUUGGAAAGAAGGACAAGGUCUUGGUGCGUCCGAGUCAGGUCGGACAAGUAUCCUGACCGUUGCAGCCGCUCCUGCGCACUCUGGUAAGAAGAAUAAGCACACAUCUGAGAUCGGGCCUGGACCUGUUCCUACGAUUGGAAAGGGUAGAGGUGUGGUGAUUGAUGAGGCGAAGGCUCAAAGGGAUCGAGAAGAAAAGGAACGAUAUGGUGAACCGACUCGAGUGGUUUAUCUUACUAAUGUGGUGGCGGUAGAUGAAGUGGAUGAUGAACUUUCACAUGAAAUCGGUCUGUUAGAAUUUCUUAAGCCUUGUGAACCUCUUACUCGACCAGACCUUGUGUCCUUCCCUACCUUAUCCUUCUUGAUACUAACUCUUUUACUUACUCUGUAUGUUUUUCGAAAAUCUAUAGCCGAGGAAGCUGGAAAACAUGGGAUUGUUGAACGUUGUUUUGUUAGAAUUGUUCAAAAACCUUUGGAUGAUCCAUCUGAAGCCGUUAGAGUCUUUAUUAUCUUUUCGGGUUUGGUGGGAGCUUGGAAAGCUGUGAAGACAUUUGAUGGAAGGUUUUUUGGUGGUCGUACAAUUCGAGCUAGUGUUCUUUACGUCACUUCUGUGAUCUUGUAA